AUGGACAGCCAACACGUCUUCUCUCAGGCGUCGUCCCUCAAGCCCAGCAAGAGCCCUCCCGAUUCCGCUUCUGGGCCACAGCCCAAGAAGAAGUCUCGCAGGGGCGGCGACGGUCCCCAGAAGCGACGUUGCGUGAGUACCGCCUGUGUCGCAUGUCGCAGGAGGAAGUCGAAAUGCGACGGUGCGGUUCCCAGCUGCGCUGCCUGCGCCAGCGUCUACGGUACCGAGUGUGUCUAUGAUCCCAACUCGGACCACCGUCGGAAAGGUGUCUACAGAGAGAAAGCCGACAGUAUGAAGGCCCAUAACUCUACCCUUCAGAUUCUCAUCGAGGCCAUCCUCAACGCCAACGAGGACGAAGUUCCAGACAUUGUCAGGAGAAUCAGGACCUGUGACAGCCUCGACGUCGUCGCCCAGCAGAUCUUGCGACGAGAAACGCCGUCCCACGAAGCUGCAGAAAACGACGAGAGAGAGGACGAGUACCCUGCCGACCAGCCCUUGGAGGGCGAAAGGGAAUUGGCUCGCAAGAUGGGCGAAUUGCGUCUCGAAAAUGGCUCCGUGCGCUUCAUUGGCGGCACCUCCAACCUGAUCUAUGUUGACCUGGGCGAAGUCAGCUCCAAUGAGCCUGAGUCGGACAUCAACUUGGCAAAUGAAGAUCCCGUCACCAGUUGGACGCGAGUGACCAAGGAUAAGGAACUCAUCGCCCAUCUGCUGAACAUGUACUUCAACUACCACUACACGUACUUUACGGUUAUGUCAAAAACCCUAUUCUACCAAGACUUUUUUAAGGGCAAGCAUGGGGUAAACCACAGCAAUACUGUGUACUGCUCCCCAUUACUCGUCAAUGCCAUCUUGUCUCUUGGGGCCCACUUCACGAGCGUGCCCGGCGCCUGCGGAACACCAGGCGACAGCCGUACCAAGGGAGAGCAUUUCUUUGCCGAGGCCAAACGUUUGUUCGUGGAGAACGAUGAAUUCGAGCGCCCAAAGCUCACCACCGUUCAGGCAUUAGCCAUCAUGUCCGUCAGGGAGGCCGGUUGUGCUCGAGAAGCCAAGGGCUGGGUGUACUCUGGCAUGGCAUUCCGGAUGGCCCAGGACCUUGGCCUGAACUAUGACGACGGCGGCACGUCAACGGACGAGAAGAAUUUUGGAGAACAAGCGGUAGAUGCUCGAAGGAUAACCUUCUGGGGUUGUUUCUUGUUUGACAAGGCCUGGUCCAAUUAUCUGGGCCGGUUGCCACAAAUACCGAAAAACUCGUAUAACGUACCCAAGUACGACGUUUUUCCCAACGAGGACGCCGAGCUCUGGUCUCCUUAUACAGAUGCUGGGUCCGACCACACCAACAGGCAGCCAUCGAGGACACGCGCGGUUGGCUUGCAGUUCACGACGCUCUGCGAAAUCAGCAGCGAUUUGCUGCUGUUCUUCUACCAUCCUAACCACAUCGGCCGAUCGAGCGGGAAGGCCGUGGAGCUGAAAAAGCUGAGCGAGCUGCACCGGAGGCUCGAGGAUUGGCGAAAGGAUCUGCCUCAAGAGCUGGAGCCAAGAGAAGGACAGCUGCCGCACGUCAUACUCUUGCACAUGUUCUUCCAUCUCCAAUAUAUUCACCUCUUCAGGCCCUUCUUGAAGUACACCCCAGCAGCAUCCCCACUUCCGUCGCAUGUCUCUCCUAGAAGGAUUUGCACCGCCAACGCUGGCGCCAUGUCUAAACUGAUGAGACUGUACAAGAAGUCAUGGAAUCUUCGCCAGAUCUGUAACAUUGCCGUUUACAUGAUUCAUAGUGCUUGCACGAUUCACCUGCUCAACUUGCCUGAGAAGACGGCCAAAAGAGACAUUAUCCACGGCGUGAAACAUCUGGAGGAGAUUGCUGAAGACUGGCCCUGCGCGCGGCGGACGUUGAGCAUUAUCAGUGUCUUGGGACGCAAGUGGAAUGUUGAGCUGCCCGAAGAAGCUUCCGUUGUCCUUCAACGGACCGACGAGAAGUACGGCCACUACAACACCUCCGACGUCCCGACACCACGAUCCAACACCACCUCUUCGCCAUCUCAGCAGACAGUAGCACACAUCCCAACAACUACUACCGAACCGGAGUCAUUCAGCCCGAUCACUCGUUUUGCCCAGCACCCAGUGAGCCAAGCGGAUCUUUCUCCCAGCGAUAUCAUCAUGGGAAGCGCGUCCUUGGCACAAAUAAGUGGUGCGGGUCCUCCAACCCAAUCAAGAGCUGCAGACAACGUGUCUAACAUGAGCAUGACUGCGGAGUCUCUCGGUGGCAGCAGGCUUCCCGCUGGCCUCGCGCAGAACAUAUACCACCAACAAGCACCGCAACGCUUCACCCCCUUGAACAGUGCCCAGGGCAAUGUCUUGAGUACCUCGCAGGCAGGUGUUCCGGCGGCUAGAGUGUCGACAGGCCAGGUGUUCCAUGGGCUCGACCAGGACUGGUUCCUGAAUGACGGCGCUAAAUGGCAUCAGAAUUUUGAAGCGUGGAAUAUGCCGGGCUCCAUGCCGACGAACGAGCAGAUGUUUAUGUUCGCAGAUGGCAACAGCGGCAUGCCGCCACGGCAAUCAUCAGAGGACACGUCCAACGCUUCCAACUUCGACAACCUGAGCUCCCUGACGAGUAACGGGUGGCUUCCCGGGCUGGACUAG